UGAUUGUACUCAGUUCAAAGUGUUCUUGUAUUUUAGCUCUUUGACUGUACUUGUUUGUGUACAAAGGUAAUAUCUGUGAAUGCUUGUAGAGGUUCAGACUUCAGACCGGGAAGGGUGUCCAAACAAACAGCCAACUAGAGAGCUCGCAAGAGAAAUGUCACAGCCUGGUUGUGAAGCGGUUCAGGCAACAAAUGAUGAUGCUAGCGAAUGUAAACGUUGUGCUGUAAAACUGGGAUAUUGGGAUGAUCCAUAUAUUUCAUUGUUUGUGCGCGGCUCAGAGAGAAAAGCUCCUGAAAUCAAUCGUGGCUACUUUGCGCGCACCAAAGGUGUGGGGAUAUUUAUCGACAAAUUUUUAAAGAAAUGUGGAGGCAAAUGUCAGUUGAUAAAUUUGGGAUCAGGAUUUGACACGUUGUACUGGCGCUUGAAAGAUUCUGGACAGACAGUUUCAAAUUUCAUUGAAUUGGAUUUUCCCACAGUGACAGCAAGAAAGUGUUACCUAAUCAAACGCAAUAAAACUCUCCUAGAGAAAAUUCAUACUGAAGAUGGAGAAGUGAAACUCAGUGCCACGGAUUUACAUGCAGGAAAUUAUCACAUAGUUGGGGUUGAUUUAACUAAUCUUUCUGAAGUCCAGUCAAAGUUAAAUGAAGCAGAAGUCAAUUACAGUUUACCAACAUUGUUUUUAGCAGAAUGUGUUUUGGUUUAUGUAGAAGUUCCACGAGUUGAAGAACUUCUUAGCUGGAUAGCAAAGGACUUUAGUUCUGCUCUGUUUGUAAAUUACGAGCAGGUGAAUAUGUCUGACAAAUUUGGGGAGGUGAUGCUUUCAAAUUUACGAUCAAGAGGCUGUCUCCUUGCAGGUGUUGCAAUGUGCCAAAGUCUUGAAACUCAAAAGAAAAGGUUCUUGAACACGUCUUGGGAUGGGGCUCGAGCUUGGGACAUGGUGCAGAUAUAUUCAGCUCUUCCUGCUUCAGAACGACAACGUAUAGAGCGCAUAGAAUUUUUGGAUGAACAAGAACUGCUAACACAGUUAUUCCAACAUUACUGCAUUGUAAUAGCCUGGAAGGGUGAGAUAUUCAGUGACAUUGACAUAACAUAAAUCCAUUUAGGCUACAUUUUUUAUGAAAUACUGCAGUAUUAAUUAGACAUUAAUUAAUUUUAUAUAUACAUAGCUUCAUGCUUGUCUGAACCAGAAGUCCUACUACUGCCAACAAUAUAAUAAGCUGUAGAUUGAAUCUCUGAUAAGAGGUAAUUUUGUGAAAGAAAACCCUACUCAGAGACAAGGCUCAGCUGAAUGAAGCUGCUGUUAUCCCUUAGUGGCAAUGUGUGUAGUAUUAAUUCUGGUGUUUGGCUACCUUAUCAGCUGCAAUACCAGGAAGCAGGAUAGAAGGUUGUAUAAGAGAAGCAAAAGUGCAUGGAAAAUGCUGGUGAGCUCAGUGUGAGAUUUGAGGUGCAGGGCACAGAUCAUACAGCUUGACUGGCUUUGAUUUUAAUACAAAUUUUCAUUUUCAUGAAGCAUAUGGAUAAAUUUCCAUAAAUUUCCAGAGUUUCAGGUGAAAUUGGUGUUGACAUCCACUUAAUUCCAUUCUCCAGUUUAUUUUUUCUUGAAAGAGCCACAGUCUGAACAAUAAAGUUACUUGUAAACAGUUUUCCUUUUAUAUUAAUGUGCACGUCAGUUUUAACUGUUAGGCAAGUGGGACCAUUCCACUGAAACUUUUAAUAUUAAAAUAUAUAUGUUUCCUUAAUGUGUGUAUGAUGUGAUUUGCGGACAAGAACAACAUCUAUAAAGUAUAUGUUUUUGCAUAACAUAUGCUGUAUAACUUUUUCUGUAGCAUAUUUUAUGUUCACAUAUUCUAGACAUUUUGAGCUUCACUGUUUCUUCUUGUUACUGCAUAAUACAUAAAGGUAAUACAUAAAGUAAAUAAUGCAUGCCAGUCACUGCAAGAACAUUAUUUCUAAUCUACAUUUAAACUGCUAUUUUACAAAGCGGUAGAAAGAUCAAACUGGGCUAAUAAUGCAAUAAUCAAGUGUUACAAAUCUAUGGUGCUAUCAGUUACAAUUCUUCUAAUGCGUUCUAGCUCCUGUACUGAGUGAUGAAUCAUUACUUUCUCUGUGUCAUGUUCUUAGCAGUUAACAUGUAAUAUGUUGACCUUGUAGCAUCAUUUCACUAGGGGCAUGUAUGAAACAUUUCCUACAUAUUUGAAAAGUUGUCUUUAUUUUUUCCAGAGGACCUUUAUGAUACAAAAGAUGCUCAAAUUUCCCCUGUCAAUAAGAACAUUCCAUAAACAAACAGUGUGGCUGGUUCAUGCCAAGUAUUUAUUAUGUCAGAAGUGAUAUAUUUGAAAUUAAUUUACAUGUCUUCAGAUGUGUAAUGUUAUUAGAACCAUAUUGUCUAAGCUCUGUUGAAGUCAAUAAGAAUGUUUUGUGCACCAGUCUUUGUCAAACAUAUACAUUGAAUUAUCUUUAUAUAUUGAAGUAUUCUGCAUCUUGUUUAAAAUAAUCUGAAACAUCACUAAGAAAUAUACAAAUGAUGUGCAACACAUCAGUGAAUUGGUUAAUUGUUAAAUUGAUAGAAAACUUCAAAAAUGAGCUUCAUUUAGGAGUAAUAAAUUAAAAAGAUAUAUCUUUCCUUGUCUGUGAGUUAUUAGGUUUGCAUCAGAAUGUUUUAGUCACUGCUGUUUGUUAUAUAUUUGAGAAUUUAUUUUGAGAAAAAUACCAACAAUCUUUUAUUCUCUUUAUUAACAUUACAAAUCAUUAUUUUCCAUUCUGUGUCCCAGACAUUCCCAUAAUAGAUUUUGUUGAAUUGUUGUACAUUUUUUUAAAGCCUUCUAUUUCUCUCACUUUUUUUACUGUUUAUGACAAACUGUGGAGUUUGUAAAGUGAUAAAUAGGCCCUUGAAAUUUCUAGUAUUUUCCUUCUUUAUAUUAGUCAAUUUUGUCUUUGGAGUAACUGUUAGUGAGCUUAUUAUUCAUAGUGCUGUGAGGAAAGACAAUUGCUCAUGGUUUAGGACAAAUGUGAGAACAGAGAAUGCGCACGUAAACAUGGAGUGGAAUUAUAUAGCUCAUUUUACAAAAAUGGAUUUGUGAUCACACUUGAACUCAGUCAGCGACAAAACUUGAUGUAAUUAUUUACAAGUUCAAAUAUUUAUUAGUUUACUCACAUAACUGUGACCCAAGCUCCUGUGAUUCUAUAUGAUGUUUCUGUUCAGUCAUUGAUUUUCUCCAUGCAACUUGAUGAUCUUAAAUUUUUGACAUCUUAAGUAUGUGAAGUGUUCAGGAUUAUGUAUAAAGUUCCAUCUUUAUUUAUUGCAAACAUUGUCAUUAAAAAAAUUUAAUCAUGGAAGUGAAUAGUACAGAGAAAGCAAUUACCUAAAUACUUCAUGUAAUGGAAGAGAUUAAUAGACUUGUGCCUUGAAAGAGACGUACAGGAUAUGGCUACACUUAUUACAUAGAUACUCCUACAUUGGUGGAAAUGCUACAUUACUCAGGGUCUUUUUACAUAAAUAUGAAUAAUUUGCCCAUGGUUCACUUUUCUCAGUUAUACAGUUGUAGUAGGUUACCUGUGACACAGUUAAUAUGUUAAGAUGGCCUUACAGUUUGAAGUUAGCAGAGUCAUUUAUGAAAUUCCUCUCUUUUAAAGUUUAGUGGCUGCACUGGAUGUAAGGGCUGUAGGUAGUUGCUUCAUCUUGUUGGCUACCUUUAAUAUCGUAAAAUUGGUAGGGAGAGCAACUCAGUAAUUUUAUUUAUUUAUUUUUAAAUCUAGAUUAGUAACCUACUCAACAUUAGUUAUUUUCUGAAUGGAUGUACAGAUAUGUCAGACAAAAGUGAAAUCAUGUGGUGUGGUGUUUUCAGUACUUCACAGUUCUGCCAACUCGUAAUUAUAAGAUGCCACUAUUUAAUACUGUUUACUUUGUGUGUUCUUAAAAAAAAAGAAAAGAAAAAAAAAAAGAAACGGAAAGAAUGAAACACUGCACGAUUGGCUACGAAGGCCAGCUUUGGCUAAAGAAAAUAGAUUAAGCCUGAGUAAUAUUGUCCUACUGUGUAAAUGCAAUACAUGUGUUGAAAUAAAUGAGUCAUCCAUUAUUAAUUACCUUUGGGACAACUUCACUACUACGAUUCUCCUUUGUUGUACAUAUGUACUGUGUCAGAUUCUAGUCUUUGCAGAGGCAUACAUGAUUAUGUAGACUAAUAUUUAGUGAUAACCAAAGAUUUAGUAUUAAAGUCUCAGAUAAAGUUUAAGAACCUUCUUGAUAUUAUGCUUUCUGCAAUAUUCAUUAUUUCAAUAAUUAAUACUUUUUCACAUCAUCUAUUUCAAAACUUGCUGUAGUUACGUGAAGUAUGGUUCAGGAUCCAUGACAAGAUAUAUGAUCCUCAAUUUACAGACUAAUCUCCACUUUGUUCAGGCAGUACAAGACAAUAGCAGACUAUGUGCACUUGCAUAUAUUACUAUUAUUAUUAUCAUUAGUAUUGCAAUUAGUGUUUUGUCUUGCAUAAAUUUGCAGUGUAUAGAGGCUACAUUAGAAUCCAGAUAAACAGUUUUACUCACUUCAGUAGUUAUAUUUAUUUUUCACAUAAACAAUAUUUGAUUCUGGUAGGUUUAUUUUACAGAUUUUCUGCCAUGUAUGCUUCAUGAAAGUGAGUAGGAAUUCUGAGAUUGGAAUGUUGCUGUUAUUUCUUUUUAAUUGUGUGUUUUCAUGAAAGUAGAAGGAAAGUGUACCUCACAUCCGUCACAAAUUUUGUAAGAGGGAGUACUAUUAUGUUUUGUAUUACUAUCGUGUUUUGUAUUAGUGAAGAAACAAAGCAAUCAAAAUUCUAUUGCUUGAAAUAUGUUAUUUUUCCUUCCUGGAAUGGACAGUAAGUCUGCCAGUCACACAUUUAUUCUGUGACAAUUUAUGAAUAACAUUGGUUCCAGGUUUCUGUUAGGGUUGCAGAAAUAUUUCUAAAUAUCUUUAUCUCUCCUUGACAUUGAUUAAUACUGCAGUAUACAUAAUAAAAUAAAUUUUAUAAGUCCAUAGAUAAAAUGCUUAAAUAUUUAUAUCUGAUUAUUUAGAUAUUUUAUUUUUGAUUUGGUUACCGUUUCAUGUUCUUUGCAUAUUUAUCAGUGUGUGUCAUUGAUUCAUGUAGUAGAGAUUUGUCAUUUAUAUUGUUAAUGCAGUAAAUACCUUUUUCAUGAUAUAUCACAUGCAGUUAAAUGAAGAUUUUAAUUCUGCUUGUGAUAUUAAAUGGCUGUGUAUCUUUCAUGCUAGCAUGUGUUAAUAAUGUAAGACUGUUGUUAUUGUAUAAAGUCUCACAAUGUUCAGGUACCCUAUGAAAUAGAAAAUAUGUGAUGAGUUGAUGUUAAAUACCGUGCCUGUUGAACUGACUGGUGUGGAUAAAAGAAAAAAAAUAUCAGAUUUAACACUGGGAUGUACCAUAUAAGUGACUUUUGCAUUAUGAUCAGCCUUUUAGAACACUUUUCUGGGGUAGUGGGUGAAUGUUUCACUUGAUAGUUCAUUACAGUAUGAUUGUCUAAUUAUAUCACUACAUGUAUGUGUCCAGUGGAAAUUGUAGGUAUAACCCCAAAAAUGCUGUUAUAUUGAUACCUAUGGUAACCAGUCUUCUUAUAUUUUCAGAUGUGUAUUAAUGAUUUGUAAGCAUUAUAUAUUAAAAUAUCAUUUCUGUCUGCUUACAUUUCUUCAGUUUUUUUCAAUUGAGUUCCUGUUUUUAUUUUCAAUUUAUUGAUUUUCUGUUACAUUUCAUUCAAACUCCCUGUGAAUUUGUAAUAAAAAGUUUUAUUUUAUUAAUUUUAUUGGUGGGUGGAAUGUUGUAUAAAUCACUAACUAUGAAAGAAAAAUUUAUCAUGUGAAGUAUGAGAGUUUUGAGUAGUUGUAGAUUUCUGUUAUAAAGACUUCCUUAUAUACUAAUCUGAGUACAAGACACAUUUCAUUUCAUUCUUGUCUUGCUUAUGCCUUUGUCAGUGAAUUUAUUUGUCAUGCUGACAUUUCAUAAUUGGUGAGAGAUACUAUUUGCAUUGGCAUUUAUGUGUUCUAUGAUAUCAAUAUGUGAAGUCAACAUGUGGAUGUGAAGUGUAUAAUCCAAGGUUUUCGUGUCGUGCCAAUGUUAAAGAACAUUUCAAUAUUCGUAAUAAAAUUAAUCUGGGUUGA